AUUUUGAAACCGACGGGGGAAUUGCUGGCCGAGGCAAUGGUGCAUCACAUCAAAAAGCAGGAAUGGCCUGCCCUCGAUUGCGACGAGACCUACGAAAAACAACGUGCUCGCUUCGACAGAGAUUUCUCACUACGAGGCUUCUGUGCGCACAUCGACGAAGCAGUCGCGCAGCUGUUUCCCGAUCUGGCAGCGAUAUCGUCUCGGAAUCGCCGUGCGCUUGCUUAG